AGAACCUACUGAGAACAUGUCCCGAAAAGCUCUCAUCGCCGAUUGAUGUCAUAGCUAGUACGCCUCCUUAGCUUUCCUCCCAAAUCAGCUUUCUAUCCAAACAAACUACUCUACAUCAGAAAUAAAAAGGCAUCAAUGGACAUUUAAAUACAGCGGCGAUAACAAGAAUGGACACGCCUCAACCCCCCACUCGCCCAGAAUCACAUGUGAUCCCAUACCAGCAACAAAAGCGCGCUCGGAUCUUUCCCACAACGAUGAUUACCCUAACUUCGCUGUCCAUGGUUUCCUGCGUAAUCGUCCUCGGCAUCGCCAUCGCGCUCGCCGUCGACCCCGCUCUCCAGAGCUACAUCCCCGUCUGGACCGCUCCGCAGGCGGGGGUAGCUCUGCUCUGGUCCGCUCUUGAGCUCAUCACGGCGUACGUACCAACACCGACAGGGAGCAACCGACGAACUAUUCACCCAGCCGCGCUCGUGGCGGUCCAUCUACUGCUAUGGCUUGGUUUCGCCGUCGGGGUCGGCCUCACCGCCUACGUUCUUCAGUACGGGCUCGUCUUUGUCGGGCCCGAUGAUCGCGACGCGUAUCCCGAUGUCUAUGAUUAUUAUUACGAUGAUAAGGACGGCGACGACUAUGAUUAUUACAGCAACUUCUACAUCCAUUCGAUGGAGGCUCUUGUGGCGUUUCUGGCCCUCUUGAUAAUAAUACAUUUUAUAUUUUUCGCUGGUGCCUGUGUAGAGGUUACGAGACGCAGAAAGCGAAGUUAUAAGGCGGAUAGUGGUGGAGUAGAACUAGAUAUUCAGUUAGCCGAUUGGGGUACGCCUAAACAUCUAGGUUAAGCGCAUGAGCGAGGGGGGAGAGAGGCUAUUCCUUGUAUAUACGGCCGGCUUGGGUCGAGUUCUUGGUGGUGAAAGGCGUAAGGGGGGGUUAUGUUGAUUUUAUUUAUCAUCCGAUAAUAUUGAGUUCAUAAGUAACGAAAUAAAGGGUGUCUAUCUCUACCUAUAUAUGUGACCGAUACCUGCUGCUUCUAUAUAGUAUUAAUCUAUAAACAUGGCAUCCGUUGAGCUUCUGUAUAUCUUGUACAGGGCUUGCCUUUGUCUCUAUGUAUGAUCAUAUCUACCUA